UCGCCUGGGCCGCUUUGGCCUUAAUUCUGGAAUCUCGCUGUCUGAUAAGCGGCCUAUAAGCUUUCCCGUGCCCAAACGCUGUUUCCUGUUGGUCAAAGCCCUCUGCUUCCUGGACCCACAAUCCUUCCACCACUUCCUGUUGCAUCGCCAUUCAGUAUUCGAUCCACCUGUAUGCUCAGUCCACACCUAGGACACCAGCAGCGAUCGGUCCGUUACCUGAAUCGGGGAUGCUAGCUCCCAGAAUGCCUGUAAAUUCAUCCUCCAUGACACCCGUCUCCCCUGGGGCGCGUCCUCUCACUGUCAAAGAUGCUCUCUUGUAUUUGGAGUUGGUGAAGGCUAAGUUCAGCGACCAACCGGACGUCUAUAAUCAGUUUCUUGAUAUCAUGAAGGACUUCAAAAGACGAUCGAUUGACACUCCCGGCAUCAUCUCCGGUCCGCCUGUCCAGCCAGAAUUCAAUCAUGCCAUCAAGUUCGUAAACAAAAUCAAGAACCACUUACAAAAACGCAUGAACAACUCCUGGAAAUACUUCGGAGGUAUCAGAAAGAACAACACCCAUGUCAGGACCUCUGUGGGACCCCCCCCCCCAAGUCUUGUGUUCCAAUUUCCGCUCAAUUCUACGAGCGGUGUUUUUAGCGUGCGCGACGAUGCCUCGAGACUUUAAAUACCCCCACUCGAUGCUCUGGAACGCAACUUCUUCUUGAACUACUAGGCUCCCCGCGAAUCCAGAAAACAACAAUAUAAAGUU